AUGAAAUUCUAAAAAAAUAAACAUGAGUUUAUGAAUAAUAUCUGGGCUUAAUACAUAGAAUUACUCGGCAGAUUAAGAAUUUAAAAGGAUCGAAUCAGAAAAAUAUUAUGGGAUAAGAAGAUUAUAGAAUUCCUAAAAUUUUUAGAUGAUCUGACUACUUUCGAUGAGAGGUAUACUUAAUGUGGAUCAAAUUCUCUUCAUUUGCUAGUUUAGAUGAAGGCUGAUUUGAGAGAAUAAAGUUCUGAGAAUUUCAGGAUUAGAAAUACCUCUUUAGUUGGAGGAAAUUUUUUGUAAGAUGCAGAUUCAAUGGAUUAGAAUUUGACAAUGUAGAUAUUAGUGGAAUGAACUUGAAUUAAGCUUAAUUGUGCAACUGUAAAUGGAAGAAUAUCAAAAUACAUGAGUUAAUUAAAUUAGAUGGUCAUCAUGGAAGUGUCAAUUUGGUAUGCUAUUCUCCAGACGGUAAAUUAUUAACGUCUUGUAGUGAUGAUAAUUCGAUUCUAAAAUGGGAUGUUAAACAGGAAAAAUUAAGUUUAGAAUCAAGGUAAAUAAAGAAGUAAAAUCAGUAUGCUUCUCACAGAAUACUAGUACAUUAGCUUUCAGAAGUGGAAAUUUUGUAUAAUUAUUGAAUGUUAUAGUAGGCAAAUAAAAAGCCAAAUUAGAUGGUCAUUCUGAUGAUGUUUUUUCAAUUUGUUACUCUCCUGAUGGUACUACAUUAGCAUUUGGUAGUUGGGAUAAGUCUAUCCGUUUAUGGGAUGUUAAGACAGGAUAAUAAAAAGCCAAAUUAGAUGGUCAUUCUGAUAGUGUUAAUUCAAUUUGUUACUCUCCUGAUGGUACGACAUUAGCAUCUGGUAGAUGA